GCGGUAAUGCACUUUGUUACUCCGCAAAAAGCCGACAUACAAUAGGAGUUGCUUCCGUGUGUUUUAUUACAUUUGUUUUUAAUGUUAUACUUGGUAAAAUGUCAAAAUUAGAUAUGUUACAUUCGCAUUUGUUGAAUCGGAUGUCUGCUGUCAUUCGUGAGAUCUUUGAGGAGGUGGAGGCAACAGUGAAAGAUUAUCGAGAGGAGACUGAUCGCACUCGAACGGAGAACGCAAAGCUUAAACGACAACUGAGGGAUGUUUUGAUCAGGACAGAGACACAUGUAAACGGAAAAGUCCAUCAAAUCUCUCAGCAUGUUACUGAUGAAGUUUUCCCCACAGAACUACCAGAAGGUGGGUCUGGGUACCAGAAGGAAACAGAAGACCAAGAGACUUUGCGAACAGAGGAGCAUGGCCAGAGUCCAGAUUCAUUCAGUGAUGAAAAACCAUGCUUACAAGACUUCAUUUCAUAUAGUAAAACAGGUUCAGAGGAUAUGGAGUCAGUGCAUUUAAAAGAGAGCUCCUCCAUAUCAUCUCUAUCUUCUAUGGAAGAACAGCAGCUUGUUUCUCAGGGUAAAGAUAAGAGGUGGAAUGCAAACCUGCCCACUGAUACAAUCAAGACUGAGCAAAAUGACACUAUUAUCACAAUAACAUCAUCAGUUAUUACUGCCCCUGCAGGUCAGUGUCACGGCUCAGAUACAACACACAAGCUUAGAACAGGCUGUGACACUUCAUCCACGUUGAAUAAAACACAGAGGAAAGAGCUCCAUUGCACGCGACACUCCACUACUAUAGCAGACAAACAUGAUCGCAACGGCCCGUAUAAGUGUAACAAAUGUGGAAGGCUGUUAAAGGACUUGACAAAACUGCAGUUGCACAGGAAAUUGCAUGAAAGAUCCUUCAGCUGUCACUGGUGUGGCAGAGACUUUUCUAAGUUUGAUUAUCUUCGCAUGCAUUUGCGCACGCACACGGGAGAGCGGCCAUAUCGCUGUAACUGGUGCUCAAAGACCUUCACUCAGUGUGGCAACAUGAGGAGACAUGAGCGCACAUGUCAGAUGUUUACUAAAGAAGCAACAGCAUACGCACAAGAAGAUAGACCACUUCUUAAGUUGUGACAAGUUUUGGAAGCUAAAUGUUGCAGGAUCACAGCAUGUUUGCCUCAAUACUCAUCUGAAAAAGCAGUAACGUCUGUUUACUUUGACAGCUGAAAUCAGUUUUCAUCAGAUUUAUUGUUAUAUGUAUUUUUUUAUUAAGGGUUAUGAGAAUAUAACUUAUCCAACCCACUGAAAAAGGGUUCAAACAUUUCUCACACCACAUGGCAGGAUUUUUAGGUGUUUUCAGACCAGAGCCUUUGUUUUGGAAACUGGUGUGUUUUCUCCCUUGGUUUGAUUCGUUUAGGCUGACAUGAACACGUCAAUCGUGCUUAGAUCCGCACCAAAACAAACUUGCAAACUACUCUGGAGCAUUUCGGUGUAAUUGUAAAGGCAAUCCGACCCAAUGGACUGACAAACAGGCUCUCUUAUUGCUUUUUUAAUAGUGCUGGGCAAAGAUUAAUCGCGAUUAAUCGCAUACAAAAUAAAAGUAUUUUUUUUGCACAAGAGAAUAGUGUGUGCUGUGUGUUGUUAUUAUUAUGUGUAUAUAAAUACACACACAUUCAUGUAUUUAAGAAACAUAUAUAUAUAUUUAUUAAUAUUUUGAUAUAUUCUAUAUUAUAUAUAAACAAAAAAAAUUGAUAUAUAAAUAAAAUAUUUAUUAUUAAAUAUUUCUGAAAUGUAUAUAUGUAUGUGUCAAUGUUUUAUGUAAUAACAUGAUUAUUACACACAGCACAGACACAUGUAUUAUGCAAAAAUUCACUUUUAUUUUGUAUGCGAUUAAUCUUUGCCCAGCACUAUUUUUUUUAACCAUGAACAUAACUGAUUUAUGAAAUUGCAACAUUAUAGCCAUCUAACCACUGGGUUGAACAAAGCAAUCGAUCUACAGGUCUAAAAACACCCUGUGGACUGACAUGUAAAUAAGAGCAGUGCACAUUUGUAUAUAUAUUUAUAUAGUAGACUCCAACAAAUGGUUUACUUAAAAAAAAACACACAGCAACUGUGUCUCAUUUAAGAUGGUGUCAUGCAUUUUGUGUAGUUUGAACACAUGUUAAAGAUGAUAUUUUUGUGUGCAGCAACAAAUAAACAGAGUUUGAACCAG